AGAUCUUUUCUAGUCGCAUGAGGGUGAGACGAGAACAACAGUAAAAGCAACGUAUACUACAUUUGUCGAGAAUCAUGAACGCCGCCGACGUUUUUUCGAAUCGUCUCUCUGGAUGUUGGCGUUUCCCGACAAGUGGCGAGCACUGCUUGCCUUUACUUGGCUCCAGCUUUCUGAUGAAAUCUUUGUGAAUAGAUCGAAUUAUCGUGGCCCUGGUGUGGUUGUGGCUAAACAAGCGGAGCAACUACAACUGUCUAACGAGUUCGACCUGAGCGAAGAGGAAGCAGAGCCACAAUUCCGGGAAGAUGGCGUCAGUUUCUUUAUGACCACAAGUCGUUACUGUUGAGGGAUUUGCUUUGACUGUAUGGACUGAUUGGAGUCGUGAACAAACACGUCUACGAACCUCUAAUCGGAACAGCGGUCGCAAGGUGUGCUUCGAUCGCAUCGACGUUCGGCACCAGGAUUGCUGCAACACAGCCGCCUACGGAGAAGGAGGAAACCCGAUCUGCUGGGACAAUCGGUACUCGUUCGAAGCCUGUUGCUGGCAAAGUCCCGGAUGGGAGAAGGAGGCAAAGGUUAAUUCCUGCUCCGGGGAAACGGCGAGUUACUGCCUGCAUAUCCUAAGAUUGACAGCAGCACACAAUCGGAUGCGGUUUCGAGGCUGCAUUGCGGAAGCAGACCGUACGCACAUCAAUGGGGUCAAUGCGGGUGUUCCCCUGGCAUCGGAGUGGCCUUUGUUUAAGGCUUUUUCUUUGGAGAAAAUCCAUUUUUUUCGUUCCGGGUCUUUUGUUCUGACGAGUUUCCCACCUCUGGGUGCAUGUUCUGCAUAAUAGAGUUUCGUUGAAAUGGAACCGGUUUAGGAAACGACUUCACUAAUUAUGCCACUGCAUCACACGCUCAGAAGUCAGCUCUGUGGCUGUUGGGUCGAUUUCUGUGUCACAAAGUCGCCGACUAUCUGAGUAAUGCAGCACUCUUUAUCGCUCGCACGGCGAUUGGUGGACCGGAGUUGUUGACAGAGCAUGCGGAAGAACAACAAGAGGGCAUGCAGCUUGAAGAAGUCGUACGAUCUUCCUCCAAAAGUAAGCAAGGGCAAAAGACGUGGCCUCAUGCAGUGAACUUUCGUAACGAAGUUGCAGUGCACUAUGAACGCGUCUUACAAACAUUAAAUGCUGAAGAUGAUUCCGCCAGUAACAAGAAGUACGACAUGGUCUCCGACACCAAUGUCGUCUUGCUCCAGCACAAAGAUCUCGAGUUCCUAGCUGAGGAUUUGAUGCUUCUUCCUCAACCACCUGGCGACACGAUACCUGAAGAACAGCUUUAUUUGGAGCUUUUUGAGGUGUACGCCAUAGAGCAUCGACGGACAGCGCUGGCGCUAGAACGUGUGACUAGGGAGAUAUCUUCGAUGACUGCCACCUCUCUGGAAGUCGAGGUUGGAGGCGAUUCGAGUACUUCGAAGAGCAAGGAGGUGGAAAACCGAAUCGCCUUACGGCGACAAGAGCGUGACGAGCUACUCGUAAGUGCCGAUGUGCAGUUGCAGCAACUGCAAUGGUUCCUCAAGAACGCAAUGGACAAAGUGUACGCCUUCAUGAGACGGUUAGCAGCAAGGUUUUACCAUAGGCUAAAGCCGUUUCUGCGCGAAGGGUGUGAGGAAGAUGUCUGCAACGAUUUGAAAGUGGACGAGAAUGCACGGGCGAUAGAGCAGGCUGGUGGAGGACGAUUGGUGUCGGUAAGGUAUGAGGAAGAGGAGGCACCUUCACCUCAAGUAACAGAACAAGUAAAUAAGCAUAAGACGAAACGAAUUCGUCUUCCAGAACCAGAAGUAGCGGAUUUGGUUUUGGGAGCUAAGAAACUGGUUUUUCCGAAUUGCCCACUGCUAAGUCGCUCUCCGGGAGUAAGAGACUUCGCGCCAAGCCUCUGGCCGCCACCUGAUUUCGUGCCUACUCUUUUCAGAAAGGAUUAUUUGAUGGUUCCUGGUAUGGGAAAUUCAAGUUCAACAACGUACUAUCCGUCAACCUCUGACACCGCGGUCGUGGUCGUCGCACCUCCACCCAGAGCCGUUCUCCAUGCCCCACCAGUGUAUUUCGCGCAACGUUCUUUCACUCAGGGGUGGGCAGAGCGUCAUGACUGGCGAUGGGAGAGGGCGCAGAUCGCCAAGGAUAUCAACGCUGUUGACGUGACGCAGAUCUACACUAGCUACGGUGAGCACACCUUGCAGGAGCAGUUUUUCAAAAGUAACAGGGAUUUGGUUGCAGGCAAAAACUUGUUAGUCCUUGGAAGUGAGAUUCCUUGGAUGGAGACGUUUUUGUUGCGGCAUGGUGCUCGCACUGUCACUACCGUAGACUACCGAGAACCUACUGUGGCGGAAAAACACGAGAGGCUGAGUUUCUUGCACUUUACAGAGGUUGGGAAGAGGUUUGGGUAUUUUGAGGAUCACAUUGCAGCUGGUGCAGAGAAUGAUGACGGUCAACAUUUGAAUGAAACCUCAGGAGAGGAUUCCAUUUCCAGUCAACACACGAGGACGCGGUUGUUUGACGCAGCCUUCACCUACUCAAGCUUAGAACACGCAGGAUUAGGACGUUACGGGGACCAAUUGAACCCGUGGGCUGAUGUCCAGUCUGCAAGUCUAGUCUGGUGUACGUUGAAGCCAGGUGGAUAUUUUUUCACAGGACCCAACACGGUUGAUGGGAAUCAGUGGCUCACUGCUGGCUCCCUAGAUCGGCUCUAUUGGAACUCUGGACGGGACUUAGCUCGACAGGGUUGGGCAAGAAUGAUGAUUUUAAGGCUUGAAUAGACGGAUCCUACUAUCAUCUAAGAGCGUUACUAAUAAUUGAUUCUGUACUUAUCUAUAAUCCUACUUAGCAUGGCCAUGAUUACUAAUAAUUCUGGUGCACUUAUCUAUCUUUUACCUACUAUCCUUCCUUUUUCUUUUCCUAGUUAGCUUGGCUCCUAAUGCUAGCCUAUGAAUUCGAUGGAAAUCGGAGUACACGAGUCUCCGAUAGAGGGUACUUUGCGUGGAGGAAGCCGGUUGAGGUGGUUGGAGGCUGAUGAAUUACUACGUUUUCUUCACACACGCGGGGGGAGCCACCAAUUUGAGGCAGGACCUCAUAUUGUUUUCUCAAAAUUCCUCCUCGUUGGUUUACAAGUUCUACUUGUCUGUGGAAUCUUGUCACAUCGAUUCAUCCUGCCGGUAGGUGCUGCAUACCUAUUUGGGAUGCACAGAAUAGAAAAAGUUUUCGCUCACGCAAGCAUUGAUUUACACUGUCUACAACUUGUAAUAGCAUCGGGAACUUUCAUCGUUUACACUGACGUCACUGUCUACAAAAUUACUCCGUUCGUGACUUUUUUGGAAUAUUUAGCUUGAUACUCAGAAGUACUUGUGACAUGCUGUCCAUCAAAGAAAUUGACAAGCAGGACAUGACGAGAACCGGCAAGAAGUUGUGUUGGCCGAAGCUUGACCUACUCG